AUGGAGGACGACACCAGUGGCUCUGUCUUUACAGUUGAACAAAGCCUUACACAGAGCACCGCAAGAGGGCACGACAUACGCUUAAUAAAAGUCACCACCGAUUCACAUGACACAGAUAACAUCAUGUCAAGCAUGAACAACAACAUCAACAACACCAAACCCCAAAACGGCAAAGGUCGCCCAAAAAUCUCCGAUAGCUGGGACAAAGAUAUAAAAGAAAUAAAUGAGAACGCCUUCAAGAAAAUAGAUAAUGAACUAUCACAGAGAGAUGCACAGUAUUCGGACAAGUUCAAAGAUUUUGAACAAAGGUUUGCUCGACUCGAGGCCAAGCUAGACGAAGCAAACAAUGCAUCCACCGUGAACCUCUCCACAGCAGAUCAAAGCUGCCCUACCACAACUCCUCAAGAACCCCACCCAGAUCUGAAACAGUACAUAAACCAAAUAACUGACAAGUUGGAUGGUCUUGACAAACAGCUUCGUCAAUCGAACAUUAUUAUAAAAGGAUUUAAUACAACUGACACGCCUCACUAUAAAUUGAAAGAUAUGGUUGAUAAAUUCCUAUCGGACAAUUUGGGUGUCUUGAGCUGCGUUGAGAGCGCACAGAUUAUAGGCAGAAGCGGCAAUGUAAUCAAAGCCAAAAUUACAACUAUGGUAUACAGGGAUACAAUUAUGAGAAAGCAAAAAACCUUGGGUCCCAAAAGAAUAUACAUCGAGGACGACCGUACCCCAGAGGAACGGAAAAUCUAUCACGCCCUGAGAAUCAGAGCCAAACAACUCAGGGGACAGGGACACAAGGUUAAGUUGGACAAUAGUCAACUGAUGGUGGAUGGCGUUUGGCAGGACGUGGAUAUCGAGCAACUCCCCAGCCCUAAUAGAUCUGACCUGGAGAAUUCUACAAGCACCUCCCUAGUAACUGGCUUUAUUAUCUACAAAACGCUCUUCAAUAAAGAUCUAGACAGUGAAUGCAUACCCAAAGACUGGGCCCAUGUUGCCCUAGUCAUGCUCCACAAGAAAGGCGACAAACUAAAUCCUGCAAACUACAGAGGACUAGCUAUGGUAAACCUAAUCACGAAGAUCUUCACCAUGACGAUAAAACACAGACUCGAACACUGGGUAACCAGAAACAACAUCCUUCCUGAGGAACAAGCUGGCUUUACAGCCAACAAAAGCUGUCUUCAUAACAUUUUCGUCCUUCAAACAGUGAUUCAUUUAAAAUUAAAAAACAGGAGAGGUAAGGCGUAUGGACUCUUCAUUGAUUUUGGACGAGCCUUCGACUCGGUACCUCAUCUGUUACUCUGGAACAAGCUCCAUGAUUUAGGUAUCAGCCCCAAAAUAAUACGAUUGCUCAAGAAUCUCUACGCCCAAGCAAUUUUGCAAAUAAAAUCAACCGACCAACUGUCUAGCAAAUUUGAGGUUACGGAGAGAGUCCUUCAGGGGGAGAUACUCAGUCCGCUACUAUUCAUCCUGUUCUUGCAUGACAUCGUAACGUUCUUCAGAGAUAAAGGCGCCAAGGGGUUUAGGAUAAACAAUCUACACGACAUAAUCCUACUGCUAUACGCUGAUGAUCUCGUGAUAAUGGCUGACUCAACCGCUGACUUAAACAAGAAGUUGAUCAUACUCAGAGAAUAUUGCAGUCAAAAUAAAUUAAUCGUAAACAUUGACAAAACGAGAGUCCUGCACUUCAAGAGGGCUGGCAAGGGUGACAGUACCAGACUCUACUACGACAAAGAACUCAUCGAAUGGUCCAAUGAAUACGAAUAUCUUGGAGUUCCCUUUUCCACCUCAGCGCUAGGCCUGGUUGCUACCAACGCAGCCUCACGCAAAGCCAAAUUGGCCAUGGGCGCCGUAUUAUCGACCCUGGCAAGAAUAGGUGCCGACUCCUGGGACGGCAUACUACAGAUAUACAGAAGCUGUGUACUGAGUUCGCUCCUCUAUGCUGCUCAACUCUGGGGCCUCAGAUAUUUAGAUAAACUGGAGCAAAUACAGCUGUGCUUCUUCAAACGUUUACUAGCUCUGGUACCUGGUGCACCCAACGCUGAGCUCAGGUUGGAAUUGAACAUAAGUAUCAUCAAACUUGAAGUGCUAAAACCAUCUUUAAACUGGGUCUGCAAAAUCCUCGACAUGGAAGACCACCGUUUGCCUAAACUCUGCUUCUUACGCACAUUACAACUAUCGAGAGUUCAACCGGCGGACACUAAAUAUAACUGGGUUGUGCAACUUAAGAAUCUACUCCAACUUGGCCAGGCACCGUGCUCUCUAUGGACAAAUCUGACUUCUGCACACUGGAAAGCACAGAUCCCCGCAAUCUUCAGGAAUGCUGAAUUCAACCUCAAACUGACGGACCUUAACAGUGUCCUCGACAAUCACAGCAGCCAGAUUCCCCUCUGGAACGGACCCCAACGUGCCUCACCUAGUUAUCUCCGAAAUAAUCCACUAUAUCUCUCCAGGACAUUCGCACAGCUCAGACUAGCGAACAAGCAUUACGUGGCCCUCAGCUGUAACAGAAACAGAGUCUACAUAGAUCCCACUGUUAUUUGCACCAUCUGCAAUCUCAACGAGCUUGAGGACUUGGAGCACAUAUUCCUGAGGUGUCCCAUCUAUCAACCAUACAGAGAUCACUUCUAA